UUUCUUUCCCAUAUCUUGUUUACUUCUUUGGGGUAGAAAAGCUUGCACUAAUUGCUCUCGAUGGUGGCUAAUUUUUUCAAGAGCUUGAUUUUACCUUAUUUACAUAAACUUUGCAAAGGAAUGUUUACAAAGAAAUUGGGCAAUACAACAAAGAAAAAGCAGCGUCAUCAACAGCCAAAGGAGCAUGACUUUUCUUUGCAAGGUCAAUCCAAACCUCCCAAGUUUUCUAAUACCUUGAAAAGCACUGUCAAGAAAAUUACCAAGUGUUCAUCCACUUACAACUUUUCUACUAAGGAAGUGGAAGCUAAUAAAGAAUUUUCCCUUUCACCAACAUUCAGUUAUCGAGUAGCUAUUGCCAAUGGCCUGCAAAAGAGUAUUAACGUAACCAACAGUGAUAAUGAGGACCAACUUCAAGACUUAUCUUCUAUUGAGAGUUCCUAUUCAGAAUCACUAAAUGAACUAAAGAGUACUACGGAAAAGCAGGCACAGUCCACACACAUGAUGCCUGUCCGACGCAACAGAAAAAGUUCCAGCAGCCUGGCUCCAUCUGAGGGCAGUUCUGAUGGGGAACGUACUCUCCAUAGUUUGAAACUCGGAGCUUUACGCAAGCUGAGAAAAUGGAAGAAGAGUCAAGAGUGUGUCUCCUCAGAUUCAGAGUUGAGCACAGUGAAGAAAACCUGGGGAAUCAGAAGCAAAUCUUUGGACAGAACUGCCCGUCACCCCAAGACUAAUACCCUGGAGCCAGGGUUCAGUUCAUCUGGCUGCAUUAGCCAAACACAUGAUGUCAUGGAAAUGAUCUUUAAGGAACUUCAGGGAAUAAGUCAAAUCGAAACAGAACUAUCUGAACUGCGAGGGCAUGUGAAUGCUCUCAAGCAUUCCAUUGAUGAGAUCUCGAGCAGUGUGGAGGUUGUACAGAGUGAGAUCGAACAAUUACGUACAGGGUUUGUCCAGUCUCGAAGAGAGACUAGAGAUAUCCAUGAUUAUAUCAAAUACUUAGGUCAUAUGGGUAGCAAGGCAAGCUUAAGAUUUUUAAAUGUGCCGGAGCAAAGAUUUGAACAUGUUGAAAGUGUGGUGUAUCAAAUUCUAAUAGAUAAACUGGGCUUUUCAGAUACAUCAAAUUCUAUUAAAAUUGAAUUUGCCCAGAGGAUAGGACAGCAAAGGGACUGUCCAAAUGCAAAGCCUCGGCCCAUCCUGGUGUACUUUGAAACUCCUCAACAAAGGGAUUCAGUUUUAAAGAAAUCUUAUAAACUUAAAGGAACAGGCAUUGGAAUCUCUACAGAUAUUCUUACUCACGAUAUCAGAGAACGAAAAGAAAGAGUGAUACCAUCCUCCCAGACAUAUGAAAGCAUGGAUAUGAAGCUGUCUACUCCGGAACCCAAAAUCAAGAAGAAUAAUUGGUGUCUACCAAAUGAUAGUGAUGGAGAAUUGGAAUCAGACCUCAAUAGAAACAGCUAUGCUAUGCUUUCCAAGUCUGAGUGUCCUCCAAAGGGAAGUUCUUCCAAGUCAAGCUCAAAAUCACACAAUAGUAGAUCCAAAAAUAAAACCACUAACAGCAGCAAAAGUUCAAGUAAAUCAAACUAUUAUAAAAUGGCCUCACAAUCACCAGAUUCUAGUAGCUUGGACAAGCAAACCACGACCCAUUAUACAGACGCAACAACACUCUGGCAUUCGCAGAGUGACUUUUUCACUUCUAAACUUAGUCGCUCUGAAUCAGAUUUUUCGAAGUUGUGCCAAUCUUACUCAGAAGAUUUUUCAGAAAAUCAAUUUUUUACUAGAUCUAAUGGAAGCUCUCUCCUGUCGUCAUCAGACCGGGGACUUUGGCAGAGAAAACAGGAAGAUAUUCCUGCCUUGUCUGGGGGUACCCAGAAUCAGCCUUUAAAUGUGGCUGUUCAGAGUGUUCCAGGGCAGAGCGAAAUUGAGAAUACUGAAACUGUUGAUAGUGGAAUGAGUAAUGACCUGGUAUGUGCCUCGGGAAACCAGAGUCAUUGCAGUGAUUCUCAGAUUUCUUUACAGGAAGACCUCUCUCCAUGGAAGGAAUGGAACCAAGAAGAACAAGUAACUGAUUUAGGUUUGGAUUCAUCCACCCAGAACACUUUUGAUUUUGACACAAAUAGCUUGUCAGAUCAACAACUAGAUGUUUACAAUAAAGAGCUGGAAGACUCAGGAAAGUGCCCCAGUGACCUCCAGGAUGACACUGAGAGCUAUGAUUUAACCCAAGAUGACAAUUCAUCUCCAUGUCCUGGGUUAGAUAAUGAUCUGCAAGUUGAAUGGGUUGGUCAAUAUGAUGACCUUGAAGCUAAUGAAAAAGAACAGUCCCCAAAUAAGAAUCAAUUGUCCAUGAUGUAUCGAAGUCAAAGUGAAGUGCAAAGUGAUGAUUCAGAGGGUGCCCCACCGAAAUCUUGGCAUAGCCGGUUAAGCAUUGACCUUUCUGAUAAAUCUUUCAGCUUUCCAAAAUUCGGUUCUACACUCCAAAGGGCUAAGUCAGCAUUGGAAGUUGUGUGGAACAAAAGCACACAGAGUCUCAGUGGGUAUGAAGACAGUGGUUCAUCUUUAAUGGGGAGAUUUAGGACAUUAUCCCAAUCUACUGCAAACGAAUCUAGCACUACCCUUGACUCUGACAUCUACACAGAGCCCUUUUAUUACAAAGCAGAGGAUGAGGAAGACUAUAGUGAACCACUGGCUGAUAAAGAAACUGAUUAUGUGGAAGUAAUGGAACAAGUCCUUGCUAAACUAGAGAACAGGACUAGUGUCAUUGAAACAGAUGAACAAAUACAGGAAUAUGAUCACCCUUCAUAUGAAACACCUUAUGAAACUCCACAAGAUGAGGGUUAUGAUGGGCAGGAAGAUGAUGUGGUGAGUGAAGGUGGAAUAGAGCCCUUAAAUGAAAUAUCAGAUGAAAUAGAAAUAGAAGAAGAUGAAAACCAAAACAUCCCUGAACAGCCAGUGGAAACCACAAAGCCAAAAAGAAUUCGUCCCUCUUUCAAAGAAGCAGCUUUAAGAGCCUAUAGGAAGCAAAUGGCAGAAUUGGAAGAAAAGAUACUGGCUGGAGGUACUCAUUUUUCAAUACUACAUUAUGAAGUAAUUGUGCCUUAA